GUAAAAGCCUGAUGUUCAAAGGCUCGGUCUCCCUCAGACGCCAAUACUACAGUCUCUUUCAAUCGUCCCUCAGCGAAUUUACAAUGGGUCGCGGAGGCAAAAGAGGCGGACGUGGCGGUGGCAGAGGCAAAGGCCGUGGAGGUGGGGGUGGUGGUCGCGAUAGUCGCGAUAACCGUGUGAGCUACGAUAAAAUCGACAAGACCAACGAGAAGUUCGAGCGGUACUAUGAUAGCAUCAUUGAGCUGCCGCAGGAGGAGCGCGUCGAGUUCUGGGCGGCGCUGAGGAGGGACUUGCCUAACAGCUUCCGCUUCGCGGGGUCCAAAGGACAUGCCUUGGCUGUGCAGAAGCAGCUUCGUGAGCGCUACAUCCCAGAGAUCACCAAGAUCGAGCAUUACGAUGGCACGGCCGUCGAGGCCCCGCAGCCAGUCCCCUGGUACCCUGAUGAGCUCGCCUGGUGGAUGACAACGCCGAAGAACGUCGUGCGACGCUUCCCGCCCUUUGCGGCUUUCCAGAAGUACCUGGUCUCCGAGACCAGCGUCGGAAACAUCAGCAGGCAGGAGGUCGUCAGCAUGAUUCCCCCGCUUCUCAUGGGUAUUGAGCCCGGUAUGACUGUUUUGGAUAUGUGCGCGGCGCCGGGAAGUAAGGCGGCUCAGCUUUUGGAGAUGGUUCAUAAGGGGGAGGAGGCCAGGAUACGCAAUGCUCUGCGCCUGCACGCCACGGAGGACGGGAGAGAGAUCAGCCCUGGUCUCGACGUUGUUGGUGAUGAGGAUUUGAAUGUCGACUCUGAGGACUUUGGCAGGGCUACGGGCCUCCUCAUUGCCAACGAUUCCGAUUACAAGCGCAGUCACAUGUUGAUUCAUCAGCUUAAGCGCCUUUCAUCCCCGAAUCUGAUUGUUACCAACCACGACGCUACGAUUUUCCCUUCGAUCAAGCUUCCUUCGACCAAGGAGGACCCGGCCCAGAACCGCUACCUCAAGUUCGAUCGCAUUCUUGCAGAUGUGCCAUGCUCCGGAGACGGAACGUGCCGCAAGAACCCCAACCUGUGGCAAGAUUGGAGCCCUAGCAAUGCUCUUGGUCUCUACGUCACUCAAGUCCGCAUUCUUGUUCGUGCUCUUCAGAUGCUCAAGGCUGGUGGACGAGUGGUCUACUCUACCUGCAGCAUGAACCCCGUCGAGAACGAGGCAGUUGUUGCCUCGGCCAUUGAGCGCUGUGGUGGAUUGGAGAAGGUCCAGCUGAUCGACUGCAGCGACCAGUUGGUCGGACUGAAGCGCAAGGAAGGUCUCAAGAAGUGGACCAUCAUGGAUAAGUCUGGUAAGGUUUGGGAGGACUGGCCAUCUGUCGAGGCUGAGAACCAGAAGAGCGGCGCCAACCACGCCACGGCUCGCCUUGCUGAGGGCAUGUUCACUCCAACUGGCGAGGCGGCCAAGAUUCCGCUUGAGCGCUGCAUGAGAGUGUACGCGCAUCAGCAAGAUACCGGUGGUUUCUUCAUCACCGUUCUCCAGAAGAUGACCGAAUUCAAGGCAAGGCCUGAAUCUGAGGCCAAGAAGUCGGAGCCAAAGCCUGCUGUUAUCAGCAUCGUCGAGGAGAUCGAGGCUCAGCCAGAACCAGCCCCAGGCGCAAACGUGGCUCCCAAGAUCGAGGCUGCUGAUCUCCUUGAGGGUUCUACAUCAACCGACCUGGAGGAUGCAAACGUUCCCGCUGUUGCUCGCGAGAACCAAGCCAGCGACAAGCCAGAUGCUACUCUCCCAGCUAAGCGCGCCUUCGAUGACAGCGAUGCCGCCCCAUCCUCGCCAAAGAAGGCGAAGAUCGAGAGCAACGGCACCGAAGUUGAGGCCAUGAGCCUCGACAACCGCCAGGUUCACUUCCCCCCACCCCCAGGCGCCGAGCUCGACGCGACCACUCGCCCCGGCGACCUGCGCUCCGAGACCACCACCCCCGCCGCCACAACCUCCCUCCCCGCACCCGUCAAAGCCAAGGGCCGCAACCAACAGCAGUUCGAGGAGCCAUUCAAGUACAUCUCCGGCGACCACCCCGAAGUCCAAUCCAUCGAGGAAUUCUACAAGCUCUCCCAGCGCUUCCCGCGCGACCGCUUCAUGGUGCGCAAUGCGCUCGGCGAGCCCGCGAAGACGAUCUACUACACCUCUGCCCUGAUCCGCGACAUCCUUGUCGAGAACGAGGGGAAGGGUAUUAAAUUCAUCCACGGCGGCGUGCGUAUGUUCAUGAAGCAGGAUGUCCAGGGCGAGGGCGUGUGUCGCUGGCGCAUUCAGUCAGAGGGUAUGCCCAUCCUCGAAGGCUACGUCGGCGAGGGCCGCGUAGUGCGCCUUUACAAGCGCGCCACCCUGCGUAAGCUGCUGGUGGAGAUGUUCCCCAAGGUUACGGAUGGGUGCUGGAAGGAGCUUGGGGAAAUCGGGGAGCGCGUCAGGGAUAUUGGGAUGGGAUGCUGUGUGCUCCGUAUUGAGCCUAGUGAUGAAGAAGACGGGUUUAAGGAGAGGAUUGUGCUGCCGCUGUGGCGCAGCUUGCAUAGUUUGAAUUUGAUGCUGGCGAAGGAGGAUCGCACGGCGAUGUUGUUGAGGAUAUUUAACGAGAAUGUGCCGUUGGUUAAUAAUCAUCAUCCGGCGACGAGGGCGGCGGUGGUGGAUGCGGCUGUUGCGGAGGCGGAGGUUGCUGAGGCGGAGACGGAGGCGGAGGCGGCGAAUGGCAAUGGCGAGGUGGUAGAGAAGAGUGAGGAUGUUGAGAUGGAUGCUGCGGAGGCGCCUAUCGAGACGGAGGCGGGUUCGGAUCAAUUGUAAAUGUCUUGGGGGCAUUGUACGCAUAGAGUAAAAAGGCGUUUUCAUCAAUAGCUUCUGCGAUAUAAAGGAAAUAACAUUCAACUGC